AUGGCGACCAACGCUGUCGUACCGCAAAGCGAUAAGAUUGCUGCUCGCGAAGCAAAGAGGCAUGUUAUGGAAGCGCAGAAGGUGUACGGCCGUGGCAAGGCCGUGCAUACUAAAUCAAUCAAGGACAAGAAGCUGCGCGGGAAUCUCAAGGCUGUCGAAGCAAAGUACAAGGCCGCAGCGCUGCGGGCGAAGGAUGCGGAGAUUCUGCUGGAACACGACGCCGGGUAUCUCGAGACGGAGGGAGAGCUCGAAAGGACAUACAAGGUCCGACAGGACGAGAUCCAGCAAGGAGUGGGAAUCGAGACGGCCAAGAAGGGAUUCGAGCUGAAGCUGACGGAGCUGGGUCCCUAUCGGGCAGACUACACGAAGAACGGACGAAACCUGCUCCUUGCGGGACGAAAGGGACAUGUUGCGACUAUGGACUGGCGGGCAGGCAAGCUGGGGUGCGAGCUGCAGUUGAACGAGACUGUCCGUGACGCCAAGUGGCUGCACAACAAUCAGUUCUUCGCUGUGGCUCAGAAGAAGAACGUUUAUAUCUACGACCAGAGCGGACUGGAGCUGCAUUGUCUCAGCAAGCACGUCGAACCACUCUUCCUUGAAUUCCUGCCAUAUCACUUUCUUCUAGCCAGUGCGCAAAUGAGCGGCUUCCUCAAAUAUACCGAUACCUCGACGGGUCAGACCGUUGCCGAGCUGCCUACCCGGCUCGGAUGCCCGACGUCGCUGAGCCAAAAUCCGUGGAAUGCCAUUCUCCAUGUCGGGCACCAGAACGGAACAGUGACGCUGUGGUCGCCCAACUCGCAGACGGCGCUCGUCAAGGCGCUCGUCCACCGCGGUCCGGUCCGUUCGAUGGCAAUCGACAGGCAGGGUCGGUACAUGGUUUCGACUGGUCAAGACAUGAAGAUGAACGUGUGGGAUAUUCGGAUGUUUCGGGAGGUGCAUUCGUACUCGUGCCACCAGCCCGGCUCCUCUGUUGCUAUCAGUGAUCGUGGCCUCACCGCAGUCGGCUGGGGCACGCAGGUCAGUGUUUGGCGGGGUCUUUUUGAUGCGGCACUUGCCGACCAGGGCAAAGUCCAGAGCCCAUACAUGGCCUGGGGCGGGGAGGGCCAGCGCAUCGAGAACUUGGGGUGGUGUCCGUUCGAGGAUGUGUUGGGUGUCAGUCACGACCAGGGGUUCUCGAGCAUCAUCGUGCCGGGUGCGGGUGAGCCCAACUUCGACGCGCUGGAAGCCAACCCGUACGAGAACGUCAAGCAGCGCCAGGAGGCGGAGGUGCAGGGCCUGCUGAACAAGCUGCAGCCAGAGAUGAUCUCACUGGACCCCAACUUCGUCGGCAAGCUCGACACCAUCAGCGACAAAAAGCGCCAGGAGGAGCGCGAUCUCGACCGCAAGCCCGAGGACCCGAUCGAAAAGCUCAAGAAUCGCGGCCGCGGCCGCAACAGCGCCCUGCGCAAGUACCUCCGCAAGAAGGGCCGCGGCAAUGUCAUCGACGAGAAGCGCCUCAAGGCCGAGGCCUUGCACAAGGAGCGCACCGCCCGCGCAAAGGAACGGCUGCGUGCGGAGCGGUCCGAACUGGGGCCUGCUCUGGGACGGUUCGCGCGGUAG